AUGGACGCGAUGCUCAGCGGCAGCUCGCAGGACCGGGACUACUACAGCCUGCUGGGAUGCGAUGAGCUCUCCACGGUGGAACAAAUUCUUGCAGAAUAUAAGAUUAAGGCCCUGGAAUGUCAUCCUGACAAGCAUCCUGGAAACCCCAAGGCAGUGGAGAACUUCCAGAAGCUGCAGCAGGCUAAGGAGACCCUCACCAACACAGAGAGUCGAGAACGUUACGAUUACUGGCGACGGAGCAGGAUCACCAUCCCGUUCCAGCAGUGGGAGGCCCUGAGCAGCUCUGUGAAAACGUCGAUGCACUGGGCUGUCCCAAGUAAGAAGGACCAAAUGCUGGAGGCUCCUGACUGGAACGACACCAACAGCACAGCCUGUGGGAUUUGGACCCAGGAGAUGGCAGACAGUGAGGGAUUGGCCGAAGUGAGCAGGAAGCAGGAGGAUGUUGCCAUUCCUGAUGUGAAAUCACAGUCUUCAAAGAGUCCAGACUCCCCACGAUUUUCGGAAGGAAAUUACUGGCACUUGCGUUUCCGCUGGUCGGGGGAUGCUCCGUCAGACCUUCUGAGGAAGUUCAGGAACUAUGAGAUCUAA